CUUUUAUCGCUUUUCAUUUCAAUGGUGUUUUGAUCACCAUUUUAUUUUGCUAAUGGUGACAAAAAGAGACCGAAAUUUCGCUCUAGUGCCUCGAUCCCGCAUAGAAUGCCUUGGAACAUCUGACGGUACGCUAUUUCUGAAUUUAUUUUAGUUCAUGAAUUGCCGUACUUUCAAGCAGUAAGGGGCUGUUUGGUUAGAGGCCUGGACAAAAUGCCUGAAAAAAAUUGACGUUGCACUGACCCUAGAUGUGGCUGAGCUGCCUGGCCGGACAUCAACCAAACAAAUUAAUUUACCACUCCGGCAGCCAUCAGGUCAGGCGACCAUGCAGCCACGACGCAAUCCAAACGAGCGCUAAACCCCCAAGAUGGCAAAUGGAAUCAGGAAGAACUUUUUCCGCCUCGGUAUUUCUGGCUCUUGAUUGGCCGAAAUCAGGUGUCUCAACAGUCAAAGUCAAACACCGCAGUUCUCUUGUCCGGUCAAACUCGCCGGCUCGCCAAAUAGGUACCGAUCGGAGGCGGAGCUGAGCACACGCCACACACAAAGAACAUGGAGCGCGAGCCGGAGAUGGAGGUUACCCUCCGCGAGUUCGCCGAGGCCGACACGGAGGCGCUCUUCUCCUGGGCGUCCGACCCGCGCGUCGUCCGCUUCCAGCGCCGCGAAGCCUACUCGCGCGUCGACGAGGCCCGCCGCUACAUCCUCGACCACGUCCUGCCGCACCCGUGGUACCGCGCCAUCUGCGUCGGCUCCGUGGUGGUGGGCUCCAUAUCCAUCAAGCCUGGCCCCGCCGAGGAAGGCGGCAGCCGGCGACGCUCGCCGUCGUCAACAAGGGCGUCCCUGGGCUACCGCUUGGCGCACGGGUACUGGGGCCGCGGCAUCGCGACGCGCGCGGUGAGGAUGGCGGCGGAGGCGGCGUUCGCGGAGUGGCCGUGGCUGGCGCGGCUGGAGGCCGUGGCCGACGGCGAGAACCCGGCGUCGCAGCGGGUGCUGGAGAAGGCUGGGUUCGUCCGGGAGGGCGUGCUGCGGCGCUACCUCGUGCUUAAGGGGAGGCCCAGGGACAUGGUCAUGUUCAGCUCCGUCGACACGGAUCGGCGGAACAAGCCCGUGGAGGCCCAUGGGCUCUAGGAGUCGUAUGAUUUGGAAGGGAUCACGUUCCCUGAGUUUAUCGCGCAACGUUCUUCGCGCUGCAGUUGCAUCCAAACAUUUGUAUUCUGAGCGAUAAAAAAUCGAGGAGAAGAUAAAAGUCGUGGCUGGUCUAUCGAUGACAGCAUCAUGUCACGAUCGAAGGAACCAACCACAUGGGUUACUGCCUCGCCAAGGAGAGGGAAAGCCUCCUUUUUUCUGUAGAAAAGAUGAAAACACGGAGAGAAUUCCAUAUUUGCCGCUGAAAUUUUGUUCAGAUGCUCAAA